GUUGUUUGACGUUUGUACGGUCUCUCGGACCGACCGAGAAACCAAACUCACUCUGGUCUUUGAGCACGUGGAUCAGGACCUGACUACCUACCUGGAGAAGGCUCCUGACCCCGGAGUACCACCUGAGACCAUCAAGGAUAUGAUGUACCAGCUGCUUCAGGGGCUGGACUUCCUGCACUCGCACCGCGUGGUUCACCGUGACCUGAAACCCCAGAACAUCCUGGUCACCAGCGGAGGCCAGAUCAAACUGGCCGACUUCGGUCUGGCGCGCAUCUACAGCUUCCAGAUGGCGCUCACGUCCGUGGUGGUGACACUGUGGUACCGAGCCCCAGAAGUGCUGCUCCAGUCCAGCUACGCCACACCGGUGGACCUGUGGAGCGUUGGCUGCAUCUUUGCAGAGAUGUUCAGGAGAAGGCCUCUUUUUCGGGGGAGCUCAGAUGUYGAUCAGCUGGGAAAGAUUUUUGAUGUUGUCGGGGUUCCAUCAGUAGAAGACUGGCCCCAGGAAGUGGCCUUACCACAGAGUGCCUUCACACCCCGACCCCCAAAACCGAUACAAGACUUGGUUCCAGAGAUGGAUGAGCAAGGGCGAGCGCUGUUACUGCAAUUCCUCGCCUUCAAUCCCUCCCGGAGAAUAUCGGCCUUCGCUGCUUUGAGUCACCCCUACUUCCAAAGCGUGGACAGUCACAGCCGAAGCGUGUACGCGACCCAGUCUCUCCCCAACAGCAAACCCUCAAUAGAGGAGAGGACUGCCUGAUGGUCCUCCUCCCUCUUCAGUCAUUCCAGCAGGGCCUUCUGGUAGUCUCUCAUGUUUUAGUGGGUUUACAACGUUAAAUUCAGUAAUUAAGC